AUGUUACAAAACCCUGAGGUCUGCGAUGAAGUUGUAAAAGCUCUAAAGAGCAUUUCCCAGAGCCUGGCCUUCCAGCCGUACUCCGAGCUGUGCUGUCCCUCUAAGGUGGUGGUGGACAUCGUGUCCAGGCUGCUCCAGGCCCUCUGGUCCUGCCAGAUGGAAAGCCCCUGUGACCGGUCCUCCAUGGCCCUGAGUGACAUGAGUGUCACCAUAGUGCUGGCAGUAGUGGAGAACCUCUCUAGAGUUCUGAAGGCUCCCCCUGUCGCUCAAGUCUACUACUCCCGUUCCACUGGUGUCAGGAUGGUCCACUCACUCAACCGUAAGAUCCAGGGCCUAAACAGCCCUGAGGACCUUAGGAGAGCUCUUUUCUCCCAAAGUUCCACCUUGAUCAGCACCAUCAUUGAAGCUGUGAGCACCAAAGUCCAGAGGCUGUUUGAAGCUCCUGCUGACUACAUUCCAUUAAGCUCUAUCCGCAGCUGGCUAUCAGAGCCCAAGGCGAGCGAGGUUCGUCCAAAGUGCCCUGACCAGCUGGUAAUCUCCUCUGAGCUCCUGAGGAACAUCAUUGGUAUGAUAGUUUAUGUAGUCUUCGAAGGCCACCUAGAGGAAGACAUCAACCUUCAUUACUGGCCCCUCAUAAACGACAUAAUCCACCAGCUGUCACUGUGUGGGGUCAAAGUCACAAAGAAAGGGGGCAAGGCCAACUGGCACAUUGGCUGGUACCAGAUCCUUGAGAUGGUGACAAACAUCCAUACUCAUCUUCACCACUAUACUGGCACAGAGCUGGUACUAAAGUUUGCAACAUCUGCCAGGGCCACCAUGCUAACGAGGCACAUGGUUCACCAUGUGGUCGAGGAGCUGGUAAAGCUGAAGGACGUGGAUGAAGGGACACCAGCUUCAGGGAGCAGUGAGUCUGUCACAGCACCCCUAAUCACUAACCCCAUCAAAGUGGACAACAUCACAACAACCAUGACCACGACUCCAGUUGACCUCCAGUCAGGGUUUGCCCAUCUAUCCUGCCCCGCACCACCAGGCUUUGCCCAGGCAUCCUGCCAGCCACCACCCGGCGUUGCCCUUGCAUCCUGCCCCCCACCACCAGGCUUUGCCCCGGCAAAGUGCCCCCCACCACCAGGCUUUGCCCAGGCAUUGCUCCCCCCACCACCAGGCUUUGCCCAGGCAUCCUGCCCCCCACAAUCAGGCUUUAUCCCGGCGUCAUGCCCCCCACCACCAGGUUUUCCCCCAGCAUCUUGCCCCCCACCACUCACUAUCGCAGAUCAUAUCUGCACUCUAAUUCAGAGCAUCACUGCCAGAUCCAACAACAUCGUCAACAAGGAGCUGGAGAAGUGUAUCAACUCUUAUAGUAAGAGCAUCUGGGCUGACACUUUCUACUGCGAGUACAUGAAGAUGUACCCAUCACCCCAGGGGAUUGAAGCCUUCUCAUUUGAUGAGGAGAGAUUUUUAGUGGUGGCCGACAUAAUCGGCAGAAUAUUGCUGAACAACCUCCAGCUAGAGAUGCUCCUCUCAGUGGAAGACUUCAAUGUGGAUGAAGUAGGGAGCAGUGGGUCUGUGGACAUGAUCCGGGCAAUCCCAGAGCCCCCUAACCCUGAUAAAGUGGUAGACAUCACAACACCCCUGACCAACCUUGAGGUUUUGGAUGAAACACUUGUCCUUCAGUCAGGCUUUACCACGGCACACUGCACCCCACCACCAGGCUUUUCCCCAGCACCCUGCAUUCCACCCCCAGGCUUUGCCCUGGCAACCUGCACCUCGUCGCCAAGCUUGGCCGCUAAUGCCAUGCAGGGCUUUGGCACCAAAGUCAUCCUGAAACAAAUGGUCCUGCUAUUCUUGGAGAGGCUCCCUCCUGCGUCAGAGGACCUUGAGUCAGAGUUCCUGACUAUCACUGAUCGUAUCUGCAUGCUGUUUCAAAGCAUCACUGCCAGAUUCCACAACAUUGUUAAUGAGGAGCUGGAGAAGUGUACCGACUCUGACAGUAAGCAGUACUGGGCUUACACCUUCUACUGGGAGUACAUGAAGAGGUACCCAUCAUCCCAGUGCCUGGGGAUUGAAGCCUUCACAUGUGAUGAGGAGAGAUGUUUAGUGGUGGCCAAAAUGUUUGCAAAAAAGAUGUGCCCCAAGAUGCUCCCCUCAGCAGCAGACUUCGACAAGGCUGAAGAUUCAGGCAGCAAUGGAUCUGUGGACUUGAACCUGGCAAUCCUAGAGACCCCUAACCCUGUCAAAGUGGUAGACAUCACAACACCCCUGACCACUAAUCCAGUCAACCUUGAGGUUUUGGAUGAAACACUUGUCCUUCAGUCAGGCGUUGCCACGGCACACUGCACCCCACCACCAGGCUUUACCCCGGCACACUGCACCCCACCAACAGAAUUUUCCCUAGCACCCUGCAUUCCACCCCCAGGCUUUGCCCUGGCAACCUGCACCUCGUCGCCAAGCAUUGCCGCUAAUGCCAUGCAGGGUUUUGGCACGAUAGUCAUCCUGAAACAAAUGGUCCUGUUUUUCUUGGAGAGGCUCCCUCCUGCAUCAGAGGACCUUGAGUCAGAGUUCCUGACUAUCACUGAUCGUAUCUGCACGCUGUUUCAAAGCAUCACUGACAGAUUCCGCAACAUCGUUAAUGAGGAGCUGGAGAAGUGUACCGACUCUGACAGUAAGAAGUACUGGGCUUACACCUUCUACUGGGAGUACAUGAAGAGGUACCCAUCAUCCCAGUGCCUGGGGAUUGAAGCCUUCACAUGUGAUGAGGAGAGAUGUUUAGUGGUGGCCAAAAUGUUUGCAAAGAAGAUGUGCCCCAAGAUGCUCCCCUCAGCAGCAGACUUCGACAUGGCUUUAGAUUCAGGCAGCAAUGGAUCUGUGGACUUGAACCUGGCAAUCCUAGAGACCCCUAACCCUGUCAAAGUGGUAGACAUCACAACACCCCUGACCACUAAUCCAGUCAACCUUGAGGUUUUGGAUGAAACACUUGUCCUUCAGUCAGGCUUUGCCCUGACAUCCUGCACAGCAUUGCCAAGCUUCGCCACUAAUGCCAAGCCAGGCUUUGGCACGAAAAUCAUCCUGAAACCAAUGGUCCUGCUAUUCUUGGAGAAGCACCCUCCUGCAUCAGACGACCUUGAGUCAGAGUUCCUCACUAUCGACGAUCGUAUCUGCACGCUGUUUCAAAGCAUCACUGCCAGAUUCCGCAACAUCGUUAAUGAGGAGCUGGAGAAGUGUACCGACUCUGACAGUAAGAAGUACUGGGCUUACACCUUCUACUGGGAGUACAUGAAGAGGUACCCAUCAUCCCAGUGCCUGGGGAGUGAAGCCUUCACAUGUGAUGAGGAGAGAUGUUUAGUGGUGGCAAACAUGUUUGCAAAGAAAUUGUACCCCAAGAUGUUCCUCUCAGCAGCAGACGUCAACGAGGCUGAAGAUUCAGGGAGCAAUAGAGUAAGCGAUGGUUUUAAGUGUUUAUCUUAUUAA